AUGGCUCCAAGUCAGCGAUCGCAGCCUGUUGAGGAGCAGGCAGCUAUGAGCUCGCCUUCACUCGCCCACGACAGGGUUGCGAUUGCUGGUCAUCAGCAGGAGAUCAUGCAGGAGCAUUGCUAUGGCGGCAACCCGACGAAGCGCCAGAAAGGAAAGGGUGUCCACCAUGAGGAGCCACAGCGUCUCCGCGCCUGCAUUGCCGGCAUUACCAUGGGAGGUCUGUGGCGGAAGCUGACAGAACUUACCGCUCGAAGGGCCACAGAUGAAGAGUUAGCCCUCUGCCAUUCCCGGGAACACUUGGCUGGCUUGGAGGCCGCAUCUCGGACUGCCGCAAGGCUAAGGCGGCCCAUUUGGCUGCCUCCGGGCGGCUGUUUAGAAGGACUCGGCGAGGAUGAGUUGACCGGCAAGCAUGCUACGGGCUGCGAUACAUACCUGACGGCUGGAUCCCUUGAGGCUGCGCGCCACGCGUCGGGUGCAAUGCUGUCUCUGGUGGACGAAUGCCUCACUGGGGGCAGCUCAUGCGGGCUGGCUCUGUGCCGGCCGCCGGGGCACCAUGCUGGCCGCUGCAGCAGCACGGGAUUCUGCCUCCUGAACAACGUGGCAGUGGCGGCACGCUAUGCGAAAACCAGGUACCCCCACCUCGUGAAGCGCGUGCUGAUCUUCGAUUGGGAUGUUCAUCAUGGACAGGGCACUCAGGAAAUCUUCGAAUCGGAUCCGGAGGUGCUGGUACUGAGCAUUCACGAGUUCGAGGCGGGAUUCUAUCCCAACACUGGCGCUGCGACGGAAACCGGGGAUGGCGCCGGCAGUGGCUACACUGUGAAUGUAGCCAUGCCUCCUGGCUUUGGUGAUGCCUGCCUUUGGCUGGCCUGUGCAAAAGUACUCCUUCCAGCUGCAAGGCGCUUCAAGCCGGACCUAAUCCUGGUCAGCGCAGGCUUUGACGCCUUGGAAGGGGAUCCGAUGGGUGACGCAAAGUGCACUCCCCUGGUCUUCGGCCAGGUCACAAGCGCACUCAAGAUGCUGGCGCGGGAUCUUUGCCAAGGCCGCCUGCUCUUGGGUCUUGAGGGCGGCUACGCGUCGGCCGGGCUUGCACUUUGUGUUGAGGAAGUGGCCCGAGCAUUGUUGCAACCGCUCAAGGACGACGAGCCAUUUGCAAUCAAGAAGGACCUGAGCGCCAAGCAAGAGUCCUUGCUUGCGAUCUACGCGACGCGCCUGGCGCAUCGGACCCUCCCCCUGCGUUUGCUGGAAGGCUCCAAGUCUGCCUUGGUGCCCUUCGGAAAGCGCAAGCGAGACGUGGGUGGCUCUGCGAAGGAGCCAUGUGCGGAGAGCUGA